AUGGAACUCCUCGCCGGCAACUACCGGAAACGUGUCGGCGAAGACUUCACCGAGGAUGUUAACCCGUUCGACGGCUCUAACUGGAUGUACGGUAGACCUCAAGCAAACGACAACGACGACGCUUUGGCUACGCUCGCGGACUUGGCGCCGCCUCCUCAGAAACUGAAACCCAUCAGGUGUGUUGUUAAUAAGUCUCCUUCGUUUGAGGAUAGACAUCCUCUUGAUAUUCUCGCCGGAAGUCUAGAUAAGCUUCCGGAAAUGGGGUUUCUUGAAGACGGCUGCUUCGAUGCUCCUCCUGUGGGAACGAAGCUUGCUGACGUGGAGGGGAGUGGUCAGUUGACACGUGUGUUAGGAAAGGAUAAGCUUGAAACGGAGGUUCAAGGUCGUGUCUCCAGACAUGGCACUUCGUGUGAUGGUGUCUCUCUGAGUUCAUCUGUUGAUUCUGAGAGCUAUGGCGACUCCUCCCAAGGCGUUUGCAAGGCAGUCACUGGUAAAAGAAAGCGGAAAAGUAGGGAAAAGCUGGAGCAUUUCAUGGAGAAGCUGGUGGGGACUAUGAUGAAGCGGCAAGAGAAGAUGCAUAACCAACUGAUUGACGUGAUGGAGAAGUUGGAGAGGGAGAGAAUACAAAGCGAGGACGCUUGGAGGCAACAGGAGACAGAGUGGAUGAAACAGAACGAAGAGGCACGGAUGCAAGAGAUGUCACGCAGCUCGUCUCUCAUCUCUUUCAUCAAAAGCGUGAUUGGUGAAGAGAUCGAUAUCCCUCAGCCACUCCAGACUGUUUUUCCCAACCAAUGUGAAUGGGAGGAGCAGACACAAGGACACGUGAAGUUUGUGUUUCCAAGCGGGAGAAGGUGGCCUCAUGAGGAAGUGCAGGCGUUGAUAGCUAGCAGAAGCGAAGUGGAAGAGAAGACAGGGGUUCUUCUUCACAUGGGAGGAGCGAUAUGGGAUGAGGUAUCAGCAAGAAUGAAGGGAAGAGGGUAUGAAAGAUCUGCAAAGAAGUGUAAGGAGAAGUGGGAGAACAUGAACAAGUAUUACAAGAGAGUGAUGGAAAGUAGCAAGAAAUGGCCUGAGCACACCAAGACUCGCGCGUACUUUGAGAAACUAGAAAACUUUUACAAGACCAACUCAAUGAGUGUUGCCCAAUCCGGAGAGAAGGAACAAUGAGUGUGCGAGUGAACCGUUAAGAUUAGUUUUUUUUGGCACGGAAGCUUGUAGAUGAUUUCUCGAGUUUUUAAAAUUUUGGUGUAGUGAUUUCCACGACUUUGUAUUUUGGAAGGUUUUGAGGUUAGAAUGUUGAAAAUAAAGACAAAAACGUUGCAUCGAGUGUGGCCGAACACGUUGUGGAAGCUGUGAGAUCUGCAAUUACAAAUGCCAACAUUUGGC